UCGAACGACGACGAACUGCUGACUUGCUGAGCGAAAAAGUUGGCUGGCGAACCACGGACUGCUGAGUUUCUGGCUGGUGCUCGUUCAGUUUGUAAACACGGUGUCCCGACUUUUGCGGACACUCAACCACGGAGGCCGUCCGUCCGAAUGCCGGUUGGCGCUCGACUGCAGCUUCACUGAACCACCGAGAGCGACCUACGAAAAGCUGAAUUCAGGCAUCAUAGACAAUGAGCCGAGUUCGUGGUGGCCUUGUGUUCGCCCGUAGAUAUGUAGCAGCCAGAAAGAUCUCUCCGAUAGGUGGCGUAGUGUGUUUAACAUCAUGGUCAGGGCUAGGAACGAAUGGCCUAUCUCCGCAAAGAGUUCUGGUUGCAACUGUUCACACGUCCUGCCCAGCCUCGUGUUCAGCACCCACCGACCAGCCGCCAACGACCCCGACCGUGCCCCCACCGUCCUCGGCGGCGCCAGGCAGCAAAAGCCCAGAAAUUGGCAAGAAGAGGGUUGGCGGAGACGGCAAAGGCACCUCCGGCGGAAAGGAUGGAGGAAAUCAGCUGUGCUGUCCGAAGUGUGGCGACCCUUGCACCCAUGUUGAGACUUUUGUCUCAUCUACGAGAUUCGUCAAGUGCGAAAAGUGCCACCACUUCUUUGUGGUUUUGUCAGAAAUGGACUCGAAGAAAAGUCUGAAAGAUCAAACUAGGGUCGCUGAGGAGCCGAAAAUUGGACCGCUAAGGAAGCCACCUCCUCCACCCAAAAAGAUCUUUGAGUACCUAAACAAGCAUGUAAUAGGCCAAGAACAAGCCAAAAAAGUACUCUCCGUCGCAGUGUACAACCACUACAAACGAAUUCACAACAAUUUGCCACCACCUGGCCGUGCCGACAACAACACUCACCAUGACACUUCCUCUCAGUCAUUCUCUCAGCGAGGUAAUUUACUGCACAUCAGUGGCCUUGGUCUAGGAGUUGGUUUUAAUCCUCCAGCCCCUCAGGACGACGCUUCGAGGCGCGGCAAUGCCCACAGCAACACAAGUGGUAGUGAUUUGUUGGACUCGAGCAGCCAUGAGUUGCGCCUAGAGAAAAGCAACAUUCUUCUCCUUGGACCUACUGGAUCAGGAAAAACAUUACUAGCACAAACUAUUGCUCAAUGCUUAGAUGUGCCGUUUGCUAUUUGUGACUGCACAACUUUGACGCAGGCUGGUUAUGUGGGCGAAGACAUUGAAAGUGUGAUUGCGAAGUUGCUGCAGGAUGCCAACUAUAGCGUCGAUAGAGCUCAAAUGGGUAUUGUUUUUCUGGACGAAGUAGACAAAAUUGGAGCAGUUCCUGGAAUCCAUCAACUUCGAGAUGUUGGUGGAGAGGGCGUCCAGCAAGGAAUGCUCAAGAUGCUGGAAGGAACGAUAGUCAAUGUGCCAGAGAAAAACUCUCCAAGGAAGCUCAGAGGCGAAACUGUUCAAGUUGACACCACCAACAUUUUGUUUGUUGCCUCUGGGGCUUUUAACGGACUUGACCGUCUCAUCAGCAGACGCCGCAAUGAAAAAUACCUAGGCUUUGGAGCACCAGUUACUGAAUCGGCUGGCCGACGAGCUGCUGCUUUGUCAGCCCUAGCAAACCAAAGCGCCGCAACCUCUGCCGAGGAAGACAACGCUGAGCGUGAUGCUCUUUUGAAGGAGGUUGAGGCCAGAGACCUCAUUGAUUUUGGAAUGAUUCCCGAAUUUGUCGGAAGAUUCCCUGUGUUAGUUCCUUUCCACUCGCUUGGACAAGACAUGCUCAUUCGAAUCCUCACCGAGCCCAAGAAUGCAAUGGUGCCGCAGUACCAAAUGCUCUUUGCCAUGGACAAGGUUGACUUGACAUUUUCUCCAGAUGCAUUGAAGGCCAUUGCCCAGCUAGCCAUGGAAAGGAAAACUGGUGCCCGCGGUCUCAGGGCAAUCAUGGAAACAUUGCUGCUUGAGCCAAUGUUUGAGAUCCCGGGAUCAGAUGUGCUGAGUGUGCACAUCACUAAUGACACUGUGCUUAAAAAGGCAGAGCCUGUCUACAUUCGAGGGAAGCAGGUGUCAUCAGAGGACGACCCUGAGGAAAACUUGCAGGCAAGAGCCGAAGUCAAAUAAGUUAUGCGCGUUGAUGUGAUCUUUUUUUACCGGGAACAACUUCCAACUCUGGACUUGGCAAUUUUAUUCUUUGAUGAGCUCUUAAUUAUUAAAUGAACCGCUUCAAUCAACACACCCCAAUAUAUUUACCAGUCAGAACUAGAUCUGUGAAAUUGAAAUUGCUCUUUAGGAACAAGAGCUGUAGAUUAUGCUACAAAGAGAGACCUGGUCUUAAAAGUUGUUUUCUUGAUCCUAAGUGUUAUAUCGUUUCCUCACUUCCCUGUUUCUAGUAAAUUUUGAUUAUUUGAGCCUCUGUUAUUUGGUGGUUGGUUAGGACUGCAUAAAAUACUUCUACUGCUAUUUUUUAACAGAAAAUAAUUGUGAUCUAAAUUUUUGUUGUAGAGCAAAUUGUACUAAGCUUUGUAAGUGUAAUUUACCUCAGAAUGUAAAUAAUAACACAUCAUUAUGUAAAAA